CCAAGCUCAGCUCUCUCUCCGGGUCCAAUGAAGACACGGAAAAGUCCUCCCUCUGGGCUUUGUGGGAGAACCGGGAAAGCAUAGAGGAAGAGGCCAUCGCCGUAGCCCCGAUUCAGUCGAUCGCGUCGCAAAAGUUAAAAAGAGAGGUCUUUGAGAGGGUGGGAGGACAAAAGUUGGGAUUUUUGCUCGAAGUAAUGGCGGACGAUGAGAAUAGGAUGGAUUUGAAUCUCUACGUCGGCCUCCCUCCUUUGCCCCGCCCUCGAAAUCCAGACCUCGGCUUGGAGCUACCCCUCGGUUUGGAGCUCACACUCAGCUCGCUGCCUUGGUCGCCCUCGCCUUCUCGGGAAAGCCGUUCUCUUGCCCCCAUGUCGCGUCGUUUCGAGCGGCCAAUCUACUCCCCAUCGAAUGCCUUGCAUGCUCCUGAAUCGCUUCCGGUCGAUCCCCUUCAUGCUGCCGAUGAUAGCCCUCCUUUGGAGCCCUGCAUUCCUGCUCGACUGGUGGAACUGGAGACUCAUGCUCCAAAUUCUGCUCCCUAUGCUCCUGCUUCGGCCGGGCCGGAUCGACCAUCGGCCCGGCAUCCUCCUGCCGGACGAAUUCCGCAGCUGCACGACGAAGCAGCAACCUCCGUCAACCCAUGCUCAACUGUUCGCAUGAGCGAGCUUAUGUCCCGGGGCGAUCGGGCCGGUUCGCGGCACGAGCACCUUGAAUGUCAAGAGCUCCGUUUCCAGAGAUUGAUCGAAUCGAACAAUCGGCUACGGCCUCGAAGGUCCGGGAUGUCAGAUGGCGAAAGGUCCGACUCCCAGACCAGUCCCGACCAGCUGAUGCACGACAUAAUGCAGUCUCAGAGAACCUUAGAGGCUUCUAAGAAGGAUAAGCCCCAUGCCGAGGGCAAGGGCACGGAGGGUUUGGAAAAGGGAAAGGAAGACGAAGGCGCUGCUAGCUUCGAGUGCAAUAUUUGCUUUGAUAUGGCCAAGGAACCGGUUGUCACUCCCUGCGGUCAUCUCUUCUGCUGGCCGUGUUUGUAUCAAUGGCUUCAUGUCAAUCCUGUCUUUCCUGAAUGCCCUGUGUGCAAGGGAGAGGUGCGCGAGUCCAACCUAACGCCUAUAUAUGGGAGGGGAGGUUCAGAUACUACUGCCAAGGAGGUAUCUGGAGAAGACAGGAACUCGGGACUGAAAAUUCCGCCUCGACCCCGGGCGCACAGGACUGAGAGCUUGAGGCAGGAACUGCAGAGAUCUUCGGGUGGGAUUUUGGCACUGGGAGAAAGUGCCACCGCAUGGAGGCAUAUAGAUGAAGAGGCGCGCGCUGCUGUUUCAUUCGGAGAAGAUCCAGGCCCAAGCUUGCAGCUUCGAUUCAAUGCUUCUGAUCGUGCAUUCAUAAGCAGGCUGAUGCAAUGGAGAAUGCAAAGGGAAGAGGGGAGCGGGUCUAACAUCACGGGCAUUGAUUUGCCUGCUAUUACUGAACCAAACCCUCAAACUGAUGGCAUCGAUGUUUCGCGGCAGCCUCCUCAGGGACAUGCGAGCACUAGUAGGUGGCGUGCUAGGCGGAGGUUUGCUGUUCGCGGCGCAAUCCCGGCUGUAAACCAUCGGAGGCCAACUGCAGAGCAGGCAUCAGCUUCAAGCACACCAGCUGUAAUACCAGGAGAUAUUGCUGCUACUGACAUCUCUGCAGAACCAAACAGAGCAGGAUCAUCUAGAUCCCUUAGAAGAAGAGGAAGGAGCAGCAAUUCUGGUUCCUUGGAUGCGGAUGGAGAAGCUUCACAUUCACACAGGAGGAGAAGGCUGAACUAGAAAUAAUAAAUGAAGUGGAUUUGCUAAGAAAGUUUAGAUCAACUUGUUGGUAUUUUGCUUUUUGAUUAGUUAUGAUGUUUCUGGACCUUAUAUACUGCAUUAUAUUCGUACAAAGAUUUUAGAUCAUUGGUUUUGGAUCCUUUUAGUUCUUUUCUUUUGUAAUUUUGCUUUUGUUACAUUAAGUCAGAGCAUCUAUACUGGAUAGACUUUUGGAAAUCCUGCAUUCCUAGACAUGUCUGAAAAUGCUCUUAUUUGCCAGAGUAUAAAAUGAUUUAGGGAUUUAAAUAUUA